CUGAACAUAAACUGGUUUUACGUUAUAAUUCUUUCGCAGGCUGCAAGAGACAAGUACCGGGAAUGGUGCUGUGAGACGCCGUUACACCGAGAGCUCAUUUUGCGCUUUAUUGAGACGCAGGCUAUCAUACUGUCGCCAGUUUGUCCCCAUGUCGCCGAAAAGAUAUGGCAACUCAUGGGAAAGGCUGGAUCGGUUCUGAACGCCUCUUGGCCCGUAAGUGCUGAGGUGGAUGCAUACCUUCUGAAAGAAUCCGAAUAUAUGGAGGAAACUUUGCACGAUUUCCGCAUACGUCUCAAAGCGUACGUUGCGCCAAAGUCAAAGGCGGCCCCACCGCCAAAGCCAACACAUGCGUAUAUUUACGUCACGGAAAGCUAUUCCUCAUGGCAAGCUACGGUUCUCCAGCAGCUUCAGAAACUUUACGAUGCAACUGGUCAACUGCCGGACAACAAGGAAAUCAUCAAAAUCUGUCAGAGCAUUUCUGCAUUGAAACCCGUCAUGAAGAAGGUGAUGCCGUUUGUUUCAAUGAUCAAGGACAAAUUCGCCACCAGUGGAAGUUCAGCUCUCAGUCUGACAGCCGAUGUAAAAGAGAGGGCAAUUUUGACUGAAAAUCUGGACUAUCUUCGAAACUCGCUGGAUUUGAUUGGUGUAGAAAUCCUCCCUUCGACUGACGGGUCUGAUAAAAUCGCUGAAGGAUGUCGACCGGGUAAACCGAUGAUUGUCUUCAGGACUGAGCAAGACUUCAACUCCGCGGUUGCCAUCCCAAGCAUGGAUGAAAAAGGAGGAAGGUUGGGGACCGUGGCGAGAUGUUAUACCGGCUCGGUAGUCGCUUCGAUUACUAAAGGUCGCGCAGGCUGUUGGGAAAUUGAGGCAGACUGCGAAAAGCCGACCUAG